AUUUUUUAAGUGAGAAACUUGAUAAAAACUGCUUUCCGCAAUAAUGACGAUUAUCUUCUAAAAGUUAUAUCUUAUAUAUAGUUAUCGAUCUAAAAUAUUUCUCUGCAUGAAGACUUAUAAGAGAUAUCUAUGCUGAAUAUAGUUUGUACUUGACUUGGUUGUGUUGACUAUAGUUAAUACAACGCAUGCUGUGAUAUUGACUUAAGCUUUUCAUUUCUCAUCAGCAGAUGCAUGGCUAUUUAUUUCGUUCUAAAGUGUUUCCGUCUUUUACAGUUUCAUAAGCAUUAAUUUUUUAUGCAAAGAUCACAUAGCCCCCGAUAAUUUAAGUGCUUUGAGCGCACGACCGCGGUAUUACUAAUCAGUGUUUUUGUCAGCUACUUCGCGCUGCACAUGUUUAAACAAAAUGUAAUCUUUUCCUUUAGCCCACAUGCUUUGAAGUUUGCAUUUUUAAGCAGAGUAAUUCGCAAACGACUUUAACACAUCGCAUCCUGUUUUUUCAAAACAAUUAUACGGCACCUUUGCUAAUCCUUCGCUCCUUUGAUCCAAAUUAACGGCCGGAUCAUUAUUGCUUGCUUUAAAUAUUCAAAAUAAUAUAAAAUGGAAAUUAUACUUCUAAGGGCAAGAUAUUGAAAUGCACUCAUUUCGGCCGGUGAAAAAUAACCAACACAUUUAUCCUUUGAAACUAUAAAAUGAUGAAUUUUUCUAAAAGAUCUACAAAAAGUAAUAUUUUAUAUUAGAGUAAAAGAUCUUUUUCCUUAAUAAUAUUGAGUCCUUGAAGUCUAGAAAUAAAAUAGAUCAAUAACUAAGCCCUCAUUAAUUUUAGCUCAGUCUUAUUAUUUGAGUCGUUCGCAUCCUUUGUUAAUCAACAAUGUUUUCAUCUUUCUAAUAUUGUUUUGGUUUUGUUCUUUGCCGACCAUGUAGAGCGCUAAUCAAGCUCCCUCUGUGCGGCUUUUGUUUAACAACACACGCAGUCUUUUCAAUAAAGAAACCACUUUUGUUGCCUCUAAAUGCUUCGCUUUUCUUUUCGAAACAAUACUUUAGAAAUGGCUUGUUAAUUGCCAACCACCUGGUUUGUAACGAGAAUGAAAUAGCGUAAGAAAAAGGAGAGACCACAAGAUGAUCUUUGGUCGGUUACGAUGAUCAAAAUCAAUUUACAUUUUUACUUCGUUAUGACUUUAAGAUACUUUUGUAUGCACGCGCGGCCUUCAUUCAAUUUACUUUGUUUAAAAUUGCGGCUUCACCAAAAGGCAAUCGUUGAUAUGACUUAAGACAACAUCAUGUUGGCGCUACUCAUACAGCUGCGGUAAAACUUUAUUGACAAUUUUUUUGCUCAAAUUGUAGACAGUAAUUUUCGCGGCCAUUAAUUCAGUACAUCUGGCGAUUACGCUGGGCAGGCAAGAAAACUCUCUAUGCACAAAUUAAUUAAAAUGUUUAUGAUCAAAUUUACGAAAUGCCACCCCAUAGAGAAUUAUCAAACUAAGGAAUAUAUUUACAAAACAGCAUUCAAUAGUAUAGUCCUGCACCAAUCUGGUAAAAUUUUACAGAUGAAAUGUUUGAAUUAAGAUGUUUGAAGUAUUUUGCUAUAUGGCAUAUUUAAACUGAUGCUUCUGCAUGAUGACCACUUUCAUAAACCACAAAGUGCUCGCGUUAUCUUGCUGAUUGUACCAAUAAUUAAAAUCUAACCGAAAAUUUCCCGAAAAUCGUUAACUGCAUAAUUUUACUAUAUUGCUAUUUUAUUGUCACAGCAACGAGCAAGACCAUACAAAUGCAGUGACGGAAUGCGAAAGUGUAUAGCUAAUUUAUAUUACAGAUUUAAGACAAAUAUUACAGAAUGUCAACUUGUCAACCUGAAUAACUAUCUGACGGUAGAAAUGUUAUAAAAUUCAAAAAUAAUUCAACAUCAUAUAUUUUUGCCCUCCGAGAAAAUAUGUCACGUGACCAUCGUAAUCGCUGACGAUUCUCUUUCACUCUUCAACAAUGACUAGUCCUGGGUCGAGACAGCCAAUGGAUUGCAAUCAGGACUAUAUUUAAAACCACAAAGACUUUACUUCCACUUGAAAUACAUUCUUAUGGCCAAGAAAACGCAAUCCGUCAUUUAUGUCAAUUUAUCCGUGGAGAAUAGUACUGCCGCAGGAUGUGCUGAUGCGUGUGAAACUGACCGGCUUAAAUUUACCAUGCAGGAGCCUCAGAGCCUAGCUUCCACAGAGUCAGAGGAUUGCUGGAUCAGUGUCAGAAUUUAGCUUAAUUAACUAUAUAUCUGCAGGUUGUGCUGAAGUUACUUAAUAAACACACCGAAUACUGUUAACAUUCAAUGUGUUGACUAACUUGCAGUCGUCAUUAAGAAGUCUUUAGGAACUAUGCAACCUUCUCCUGGUUUUCUGGUUUAUUUUCAUUGCGUAUAUCUUAGAAAAUGCAAAGAGAAGUAAAUCUCGGUUGAAAGUUGCAGUUGAUUGAUAACCUGCGGACGGGGAGUGGUUGUUUAUUCUCGUUAGCCUGAGGAAAUGCACGUAUAAGCAGCUGGAACAUGCCAACAUUCCAGCAAAGCUGUCUCUGAGGAAGGGUCGAAACUUUGGAAUAUAUUCUUGAAGCUGACGAUAUAAUAACGAUAACAAGGACAGUGAUGAUAUCCGGCAACAGUUUCCUAUAUCAGCACGGCGAGCAGCGCUGGUCAGCAACAGAGGUUGAGCCGAUUCCAACCCAGAUGUUGUUGGUAAAAGUAAUAAGUAAAUCAUGGAUGAGGUUCUCGGUACUAAUCAAACUUGAUUGGUUAAAACAAUUGACACUUCGAGUAGUUUGCAGUCAUCAUCAUCAUACUCGUUUUGUAUGGUAUUUAGGUUAUACGCUGCCCAGUCCUGGUUCCAGAGGUUUAUUUUCAUUGCAUAUAAUAUUUAAAAAUGCGAAGGGUAAUAUACGGCAAUAACCUCGCUAUCGUGCAACGACAUCCAAUUAACAAUCAACCAAUUAGAUUGUGACAUGUACAAAUUUUGAUCAGAACCAAUCAGAGAACAUUUCUAAUCAUCCAAUCAGAGUCAAAUCUUACCCCAUCUUAAAUCGAUUGGAACGGUGCUGCAGCAAGCCUAUUGGCUUGACUCAAGCAUGCACAAAGUAAAAAUAGGAGCUGCUAUCAAAAAUAACUGGCAAGCUAGUGUUGCAGUUCAGCAUGAGCUCCACCUUUGAAUUUACUAUAUGAGUAAAUUCUUAAACACGUCCGAAAUUAUCAUUAUGAUAAAUUCGCACAACAUUUUGAAUUUAUCAUAAUAAUAAAUUCGCGGCACGUACUUACCCCAAACCACUAAUCCCCUAACUCCUAACCGGUAAUCCCUAACUCCUAACCCUAACUUUUUUAACCGUUUUAAAUUUUUUUAACUUUUUUGAAAAUCUAACUUUUUAAACUUUUUUGCUUUUUAAAACUCUUUUAAAACUUUUUUAAAAACUAUUUUUUUGAAAAUCUCUGUCUCUUACUGCAGUAUUUCUGUUAUUGUAGCGGUUAACAGAUUAUAGGGAAAUACGACGACAUAAGUUAAAUCAGUUUCAAAACAUUUAUGUGUUCAUAUGCAGUGAAUCAAACGAAAAAUGCAACCUUUGUUACAAUUAUUUAAAAUAUUACAAAAAUAAAAAACAACUAAACUUUAUCGCCAUAUUUCUCCAUAAUUCGGCAACCGCUACAAUAAUGCAAAAGUCAAAACAAAAUAGUAAAUGACAACAGACUACAAAAGCGGAAGUGGGAAGGUUGUAGUAUUUUGACCCAGUGCAAUUAUGUACAAAAAUAUGUUGCAUCCAUGCUGCAAGAAUUAAUGUCCGAUACGACCUUUCCGGCAAAAUUUCCAUUUACAGGGACAGAAAAGGAUUACGAGACAAGUUGAAUAAAAAAGUUAAAGCACCGAACACUUUUUAUAUACAGCCAGAGAUACUGACAGCUUUGAAAUUUGCUACAACCACAGAAAGUACUGCCCGAUUAUACCUUAAAAAGAUAUUUAACAGUUGUGAAAUUAUUCAUGCGAAUAAGCCGAGAAUGGUUAAGGUUGUAUUUUUAAUGUUUCUAUGUUGUGAAUUAGAAGCUGGAUAAUAAACCAGCUUAUUUAACUUUGUAACUAUUACUAGUGUCGCUGAUCAGCGAACACGCGAAUGUAAACAAACAGCUAAAAAUAGACCCAAUUCGGAGAUUUAUAACUUUUCAGAAAAUUGCUUGCAGACGAGUUUUAUUCCUGAUUACUUAACUUUAGUAGGUAUACUUUCAAAUUACAUGCCUUUUGAACUUCAGAUAGGUGCCACUUUUGAGCUAUUUUAAGUAAAAUAUGAGCAAUUUGCAGCCUCUCGUCGCCAUCUUGAAAACAUAGUUUGGUAAAACUAUAAAAAAAUCGUAUUAAGCAAAUAAAGUUGUUCAAUCUCCAUGUAAACGAGAGUAUUAGUGUUAAUCUUGCAUGUGAACAGUAACUGGAGGGGAUAAACGCAUCACAACGUUUUAAAAAAAUCAGAUGAAUUCUUGUAAAAUUCCCCUUCAUUUCCGGUCUGAAAAUAUUUUCGCAAGGUCAAAUUUCAACAUGGCUAUAACUCCUAUAAAACAGAAAGUUGAAACGUUCUGAAAGAAGCUCGAUUAAUAUUGACCAAAGUCUAGUUCAUAUGUAAAAUAUGAGCUAAAUCUAUUUUCCCUUCCCCAAACCAGUGGGUGGAUUUUACUGAGAGAGUGAGAGGCCCUCUUAAGUUCUGGAAAAGAUUUGUUUUACCCAACCACUCACAAAAACUGUUUCAAAACAUGUAACUGAGAAUCAUGGAUACUCAAUAGUCAGUAUAUAACAACCUUAAAUUUGCAUUUCAGGCAGCAAAGAAUAUUAGGUUCUAAUAUUUAGCUUCUUUUCCAUUACCCCAGCACGUAAGUGAUUUGUGAGGAAAAUAGAAGGGUCUGGAGUCCUCUCCCAGAAAACGUUUAUAUUUUUGAUGCUCAAUUAAUGACAGCAUUUCUGGAAUUUUCUGGAGCAUCCAUAAGAGUAACGAGUAAAUGAGAAGACUGUUUUAUUAAGGCUAUUUUUGUUAGUUUGGUGACUGCACAUUUGUGUUUUAAGAACUGCACAAAUGGAUUUAGAACUGCACAUUUUGUGUAGAACUGCACGUUAAAAUAAACCCUGGACAACAGUACUCUAGAAGAUACCGCACCUAAAGACUCCAAAGCAUCGCAAAUUUUCUUCAGAGACACCCCAGUUAAAGCCCAGUUAAUCACACUGCUCCGCGGUCCCUGUCUCGAACAUGUUGACUUGCAGAGUGGUAACACUUUUUGAAAGAUGAUCUGUUUAGAGAUUCGUGUGUCGUCAGCGAAGCAUCUGAGGAUUGAGUUAGUGAUGCAUGUGGCUAUUGUCGUGUGGCUAUUGUCGAUAAAAAUUAAAACGAUAAUCGGUCCAAGAACAAUUCCUUGUGGGAAAGAUAGAGAGAUAAUGACCUUCAACGAGUACAGAUUGACUCCGGUAGUUGACAAGCUUCUUUUUAAUGACGUUUUUAAAGACCUGGAUAAUGUGGGAAGUCAGAGAGAUAGGUCUGUAGUUGUCUGUAUAUCAUGUAUAGCUUCUAUUAUAUCACUAACACUAAACCGAAGCAUUUCAUCUGUAAAUGGCUGUUCUGUAGGUAGUGGGUUAAGAGAUGUAGCUCUGUCAAUGUCAGUAUCCAAAGGGUUGCUGGACACAGGUAAACUGUUUCUGAAGAAGAUUUUUUCUUCAAGAACUGCUUGGCAUAACUGUAAAUGUACUUUGUGUUGUUUCUUACUUUGCCUACAGUCUUGUAGGAGGUUCGAGUUGAUGGGAUCACGUAUAUCAAUGUGGAUCCGAGGAAGCUUUCCCUCAAGGCUUCUACCAGGGAUGCAGGACUGCAAGGAUUGUCCUUAACUCUAAUGGAAAAAUCCUCGAGUUUCCGCCGAUUUCUAUUGAUAAUCCCCAGUGAUCAAUGAUUAAUAUUCUUUGAAGGAAAUGCUUUCUUUGGACAGCGGAUUUCACAGAUCUGAAGAAUAGUGAAGGUAAAGAAUCAGGAAAAUAAUCGAUAUCAGUUUUACAGAUAUCCCAGAGAGCAUUCCACAGAAUUGAUGAAAGCUGUUUCCUUCGUACUUAGAUUUUAAUAAAGUCAAGGCUAUAGAAUGCUGAUUUCACAAAAUCAGGAGGGGCAGAAGGUAUAAAAUUACAAGGUUUGUGAGGGGAGUAGAUCUGUACAAGGUUGUGAUAAACAAACUCUUCAGAAUUGGAACAACGUAUGUUGCUUGGCACUGCACUGUACAGAAAGGGUUCCACCAAGAGAGUAGGAGUAAGUAGACCAAUCAAUAAGAGGAAGAUUGAAAUCGCCAAACAGACACAGUUUAUAGUCAUCUUUGUUGUUCUCACUAAUAAAUAAGGUUUAUUCAAGACUUGAAGGUUUGCACUCCUGAGUCUGUGGAGUGAUGUACAGACCAGUGCUUGACACGUUUCAACAUCAAAAGUUUGAACAUUAGUGAUGGGGAAUUUUUCAUGAAAGCACAGUAAGACCCACCACCAACCCCUAGUGCCUCUAUCAGAUGUGAAGACGUUGUAACCAUUAAUGUUAAGCAUGGAAUUUUAAUCCAUCGAUUUUAAUCAGAUUCGGUGAAAGCCAUGAAAGGAACUAUAAUCCUGGCAAAAAUUAUUGUGCACAGCGUGCGC